AAAAAACAAAUCCUAAUUCCCUUCUAUGCAUUCCAAACUGGCGAGCUAAGCGAGACACAAAGUCCACAGCUUCUCUGAUUGCAAUCCAUCCAGGGAAAACGAAGGAAGAUGAUGAUCUUGUUUCUCAGUUUGAUCUUUCUCGCGGCGAUCGUUGUGUUUAUCUUCAAAUUCGCUACCUCGGAUGGUGAUUUUACACUGCUGUCGAAAGGUCCUGCCAAGCGUGAAGAAGUGCAAGGCAAGGUGGUGUGGAUUACUGGAGCAAGCCGUGGAAUUGGAGAGAUUCUUGCCAAGCAGUUCGCAAGUUUGGGAGCAAAACUGAUUCUCUCUGCUCGCAAUGAGGCAGAGCUUGUGCGUGUCAAAAAUGAAAUAUCUAGCAGUCAUCCUUCUGUUGGAGUUGAAGUAUUGCCUUUGGAUUUGGGAUCUGAUGAGGAUUUAGUCAGAAAAGCAGUUGAGAAGGCAGAGUCCUUUUUUGGUGGUGCUGGUGUGCAUUAUAUGGUUCACAAUGCUGCAUUGGAACGUCCUAAACGAAGGGCAUUGGAUGAACCUGUGGAAAAACUUGAGGCUACCUUGAAGAUAAAUGUAUUGGGAACAAUUACUCUUACUCAUCUUCUUGCUCCACACAUGCUGAAAAGAGGGCGUGGCGCUUUUGUUGUGAUGAGUAGUGCUGCAGGAAAGUGUCCUGCACCUGGUCAAGCCAUAUAUUCUGCUUCUAAGCAUGCUCUCAAUGGAUAUUUUCACACUUUACGCUCUGAGCUCUACCAAAAAGGAAUUGCUGUUACUGUUGUUUGUCCUGGACCAAUAGAGACAUCAAAAGUUUCUGAAGUGAGCUCAUCUGGUCAAAAAGGUUCUUCUGAGAAACGUGUGUCAUCAGAACGGUGCGCAGAGCUUACAAUAGUUGCAGCUACUCACGGACUGAAGGAAGCUUGGAUAUCAUAUCAGCCUGUAUUGUUCAUCAUGUACCUUGUGCAAUACAUGCCAACCAUUAGUUAUUGGUUUAUGGACAAGAUCGGUCAAAAUCGUUUGGAUGCAGCGGCAGCCAAGGGUAAUAUGUAUAGCUGGAAGUUGUUCUUUGGUCAGAAAAAGAAAUCGACUUAGUUCGACUGUGUAACUGCUCAAGUACUCAUAUUGAACUCUUCUUGUGGAAUUUAGAAGGUUCAGCUUUGUUUCAAUUUAUUUUCAGACUAUUAUUGGCAGCUUAAAACACCAAGUUAUUACCUACAGGUUAGCAUCUGAGGAUCAAUAAUAUAUGUAUCACAUGACUCUGGUAAUUGUACAUUUCCAAGUUAUCCAUUUGAAUGAUUGAUCUGAAUGUAUGCGUAACACAAUUUGAAGUGAUAUUUUUGACAAGAA